AUGAAUACUGAAUUAGAAAGCUAGUUCUUAAUGCCUUUUGCAAAUUCACCUGAUAGAUUCAAGCAAUCUGUAUCUUUUAAAGAGUUAUCAUCCUCCAAUAAUUUGCAAAGACAAACGAGCAAGCUAAGCAAUAUUAAUAGUGCAGUGGGUUUGAAUAUUACCACUGAAUCACCAAACCAGACAAGCAAUCCUCUAAAUGAAAAAGUGAGUAAAUCUCAAUAGAAUAGUUUUUUCUUGCAAAUAAAGAAAAGACUUAUAGAAUUUGACUUAAUUGAGAAAAUGUUAUAAGAAGAAAAUUCAAGUCGACUAGAGGAAAUUAUUAAGGAUUAAUAAAUAAUGAAGAGCUCUUUUUAUCCUAAGUUAAUAAUUCUUUCUAAAAAGAAGGUUUCCAAUCAGCAAGUGAUCUCGCUAAUUGACAGAGAAAAGAAAGAUUUGAUGAGAUAGCUAAGAGAAAAUUUCAAAUUCAUUGGUGGAUUCAAGAAUAAAAACGUACCGAAAGAAAGCUAAGGUUCGGAAAGGAAAGCGGUAGAUUGGAGAGUUGAUCACAGUAUCAAUAAGAAGAUACUGAAGCCAACUACUACCAUCACUUAAUGCCAAAAAUCAGUUGAAGAUUUAAAUAGAAACAAUGACUAUUUCUCAAAUUAUCUCACAUCUGAGGAAGAGAGCAGUAAAGGAAAGAGCACAUUCUAUAGAUUAUUUGAUAGAAAUAAAAUAGUCGAAAAGAUCAAGGUAGAUUACCUCAAACUUGGCCAAGAUUCUUUGUAGAAAUCAAGGGAGAAAAAACUAUCACAAUUUUAAACGAAUGAUUGCAACACUACCAAAAACUUGAAUAGCUCUCCAGAUAAUAAGACUAGUCUAGCAUCUGGUAUAAAUAAUACUAAAAAUGUCAAUUAAGGCUUCACUGAUUAUUCAUUGAACUAUAUAAAAAAGAUUGCUUAAUAAAAGUAAGAGUAAGGAGGUGAGGACGAUAAUUAUGAAGUAAAACUGUCAGAUAGUACCCCCAAGGAAAAGAAUUUGUCUAGAGAUGCUAGUUUGGAGAAGCAUACUGCAAGAUAAGAUUAUUCUAAAUUUUCUUUGGAUCAACCUUAAUCUAGUUAAGUAUCAAGAAACCUAGUUAGCAGAUCACUAUUAAUCCAAGAUUUAUCAACAAUGGAGCAGAAGCAAUUAAAAAACGAAUUGCGAAAGUCCAGAUACAUAAGUAGAGAACUUGAUUAAUAGAAUAAUAAUAUCUAGCGAGCAAUCAAAGAAAGACUUAAUUACAGAUCGUUCAAGAAGUUGUAUAAAUAGAAUCUUACUAACGGAGAUUAACCUCAAUCCUAUUAUGAAUCUUUCCUCAAGUCGAAUUCAAAUGAAGUCAAUAGCUCUAUAAAUUUCAAAAGUAAGAGGAAAUCAAUGUAGAUAGGGUAAAACCCUCUCGGUAUCAAGUAAAAACUCAUAUAAAUAGAUCUUACAAGACUUCCUGUAAUUUCAGCCCACAUUAAAAAGCGUAAAAAUCAUGAGUAUUAGCUAAGCUAGCACCAUUUUAAAACUAGCCACAAUAAAUAAAAAGAUGAUUUAGUAACAAAGAAUCUUAACUAUUUUAGAGUCAGUUAGUUUAAGAAACAUCAUUUAUAAUAAAGGCUAAAUUAACGAAACGGACUUUUUAAUAGAGUUGAAAAUAAUAAUUUUUACUCAGAUUCUCAACAAAAUAGAAAUUUUAAAAGUAUCAGAAGGCUUGCAAAUAUGAAUCAGUCAUUCGAUGUUAUGGAAAAAUACAGACAGGAUAACUCACUUGAAGAACUAGAAGAGAAAUCUGCAUCAUUAGGAUUAAGCUAAAGAUCAUUUGGUUCUAAUGAAGUGCCAUUCUAGAUGUAAUAAAAACUACAACCAAGGGCUUACAACAGCUUUAUUCUAGAAUAAGAAGACAGGCCAAUAAACAUAGAAAUUAAUGACAUUGAAAGCUUUUCCAACCUUUAAGGAAGUACUAUAAAAGAAAGUAAAUAUAUCGAAUUGCAGAAGUCUGCAUAGUCAAAGAAUUAUGACUCAAAGGAGAAAGUUAAACAUAACAAAUUUACAAGAAACAAUAGUGAAACAAGAUUCAAGUGA